AUGAUUAUUGCCACCAAGCAUCAUUGCUGUUUCUGGUCACAAAGGUGUGGUUUCGAGUUACUCUACAGUAGUGUGAUUGCAACACCAUUGAAAUAUAGUACUGAUAAUAAUUAUAGUCUGCAGGUUUCUCAAGAUAUGUUCAACACAACCAACCUCGAAGACAGGAUCAAUGAAGAUAAUAUUGUUGUUAGUAAUGAUAUGAUAGUAAAUGAAUAUUGGCUGUUUACUAGGAAAAAUCCCACAUUGCCUCAGGUCAUUGUCGAUGGAGAUGUAAAUUCUAUCUUGAAUUCGAACUACGAUGCGAAGAAACCACUUAAAGUAGUAGCACAUGGAUGGAACAAAAAUGGGCAUGCAUUAUCGAACAGAAUGAUAACAUCCGCAUAUUUGGAAACAUCUGACGUUAACGUUAUUGUAAUAGACUGGAGAGUAGCUGCGAGUGGAGACUAUGUUGAAGCUGCUUUAAGGAUUCCCGCAACUGGUCGGGCGCUUGGAAAUUUCCUCAAAUGGAUGCUUCGCAACGCUGGUGGAAACUUAAAUGCCCUCCAUCUAAUUGGCUACAGCUUUGGCGCUCAUAUAAUGAGCAGCGCUGGGCGAGUUCUUGGAGGACGACCUAUCCGGGUAACUGGUCUAGAUCCUGCAGGUCCAGGUUGGAGCGGUAAUUCCUAUGCCUUGAAUACUGCAGCUGGUCAAUAUGUCGAAGUAAUACACACAAAUAUAAUGAUCCGCGGUAUAACAGAACCUAUUGGUCAUACGGACUUUUAUCCUAAUGGCGGACAAUCUCAACCGGGAUGUGAUGAUAGUGCGUGUAGCCAUGCGCGAUCUUUUCAUUUCUUUGCUUCGAGUGUCCGUACAGAUCAUUUUAUUGCUAGACGAUGCACUGGUCUGUUACAAGCUACACAGAACAAUUGCAUUGGCGGCGAAUUUAAUAUGGGAAACGGAAUCUUGGACAAAAAUGGAAGGGGAAUCUAUGCAUUAACGACAGGAAGCAGCUGGCCUUUUUGA